AAACUGGUUUUUCGUUUGACGAAAGCAGAUCAGAACUCAAACAGUGCUAUGAUUUUUAUGACUACCAUGCGUAUGAUUAUAUCAAUAACGAUUUUAAAUUUUGCGGCGGCUAUUUUCGGGAUUUAGAACCAAAAGAUGGUGUAGGUUGUGGAAAAGACGAACAUUGUGGGAGAGUACGGUGUGUUUUGGCUACUGGUUGUGGCGUCAUGAAAGACAUGUUUUGCCGCAGAUAUGCUGGACGUGAAGCCUUAAAGUGGUAUCGAAUUUGUCAAGAAAGAGGGGAUUUUGAACGUUGUCAAUUCGGUAUAGACCCUAGGAAUGAUCUCCCUGUACCUGGCUUAAAAAACAAGCAUCACAUGCGUUGCUACAACCUCAGCAAUAGCAUGGGUGCGGCCUUCUCGGUGAAUGGGCAGCAAAGUGCGUUACAGAAAGGAAACUCUUGGGUUGUGUUAGUGGCAGUGUUGAUCAACACUAGUUAUUCGUCUGGCUGAGACGUCAACAAAUCACACAAUAUGUAUUUUUUAAAACUCAAAUAACAAUUUAUAAAUAAGGUAACAUUAAAAAAUCAACACAAUAUAUCUAUUACAUCAUAUACAGAUCUAGGCCUA